AUGGCAACAACUUCCACUAAUUUGGAGUCCGCCAUUGAAACAGUGGUGCGUAAUUUCUACACGUAUGCGCACAAGAAGGGGAAAGAGUACAAGAUGAACAAGGCUGAUUUCCAUAAGAUGGUGGAACAGGAGUUGCAGCAUGUGCUGACAAAUACAGAAAACAAGGAAGCGCUAAAAAAACUGAGCAAGAAGUUUGACGCGGACAACGAUGGCAAGAUCAGCUUUGACGAGUAUUGGAAAUUGAUUGGGGAGAUCGGCAGGAACCUGGGCCAUCAGAUGGCCAUGCAGGGCUAG